AUGGAUGCCAAAUUGCGUCGUUUACAAAAGGAGAUUGCUGAUCUCCGAGCAGAUACAGCAUCCAAAAUCACGAUCGAACUCGUCGACGAUUCUCUCUUGCAUCUCCUGGGCACCUUUAUCGGUCCGCCUGAUACACCGUACGAGGGUGGCACGUACGAAGUAGACAUCGUAAUCCCACAGACAUACCCAUUUUCGCCUCCCAAGAUGAAGUUUUUGACAAAACUCUAUCAUCCAAACGUGUCCUCUGCCUCCGGCGCCAUCUGCCUCGAUAUUCUCAAAGACGCCUGGUCUCCGGUUCUCACCCUGAAGAGCACCAUGAUCUCGCUUCAGAGUCUCCUCUGCAGUCCCGAGCCAACAGAUCCACAGGAUGCAGAGGUAGCGAAGCACUACAUGACAAGUCGUGAGAGCUUCAAUGACACUGCGCGAUAUUGGGCCGAGAUCUACGCUGGUGCGCCACCAACGGAGAAGAAGGCAGGAGCUUCAAAUACCGAGGGCGAGGAAAAGGCGGCUACUGAUGGCAAAAAGGGCAAGGCGCCGGUGAAGAAGGCUCCAGUCGUCGACGAGAUUGCCGCUGCUGGUCUCAACGUUGCUCACGUACAGCAAUUCGAGGCGCUGGGAUUCGAGCGACGGAAAGUGAUCGAGGUUCUGAAGAGACUAAACUAUAGGGGAACGAACAUUGCAAAGAUAACAGACGACCAAGUAGUUGAAAAGCUCCUGUCGUAG